UCUUUUUCAUGGCAUCGCAGUUUCGUUUUUUGUUAUCGUUUUUCGUUCGUUCGCGUUUCUAAAUUAUGAUCGUAUAAUAAUAUGACGUAGGUAUGAGUCCGACAGCUGCCAAAAAGAAAUACCUAUAGUUCACUUGGUCAACAUAAUACGGGCCACCCCAUAGACCUAUUAACUUUUAUAAUUAUUAGUUAAUAGGUCUAUGGGCUACCCGAUAAUAUAGCACUCACUAUAUUAUCAUAAUAAUCAUCAUCAAAUGCAAUUUGUACAACAGGUACCUACAUGUUAAAUAAAACAACCAGAACAAGGUCAGCGUAUAAUACCUACUGGUCUGCCAGCAAGAGUUUCUGCUACUGUAACUACUGCUGCUAUAGUUACUCCGGUCCAAACUCCAUUAAAAUUGUUAAAAAAAAACAACAGCAGCAGCAGCAACAACAGCAACCACAACCACAAACACAACGAGAAAGCGCUAACAAAAUGAAAAUAUACAGGUGUGGCUCUUGUACAUUCAAAUCAAUAGAGCUUGGGCAUAAUCGAUUUCACAUGCGCUCUCAUACGAACAAAAAGAAGCCUGAAAAACCUAUUCUUAAACACCCAGGGACUAAAGCAUUAACCCUGGUACUGCAACAAAAAAUACGAAUUCACAGAUGUGAGGUAUGUUCAAAUAUCUUUGAUAGUCGAAAUAAUUGCAUUGAACACGCUGAAAAACAAUAUAAUCAGUCAACUGCUCCCAUCAAGAAACUUCAGAUAGUGUUGAGAAGGAUUUUUAUGAAAACAAUGCAAAUGUGGAAAAAAAAUGGAAGACUUGGACAUUUUAGCCGCAAUCCAUAAUGAUAAUCCUACUAACAGUGGGGAUACACUAAAAAAAGAUUAAGAAUUAUACAACUUAUUUAAUAGUUAGUAGGUAAUCAAUUUAUAUUUAUAAUCUCUGUUUCAUAAUUUAAAAAUUAUUAUUCCGUAAAAGGUUUUUUUCUAAUAUUU